AAUAUUUUACAAACUUUAUCUCAAAAAAUGAGUAUGGCACAAGAACGAUUUCUCAAAGUCCGGUGUACCCUGGACAAUCUUGGUUACAAACAGCCACUUGGGAUGGACAGUUUACCUCUCGUUGAAAAAAUAAUUACUGACCUAGUGAACGCCAAAGAUACCUUGAGCCGAACCAAGCACGAACUCGAAUCAAGAGCCGAAACUGUGGGACGCGUUGAGGAGUUCAUUGCCCCCUAUAAAUCAGAUAACGCUCGUCUUGUUAAAGAGAUAAAUUUGACACACAAGGACAUGGAUGAUUUGCGGCUAAAGUAUGAUGAAACAGUGCGAGAUAUGGCUUCAAAAAUACGCAACCUAGAGUCACUGAAUAGUGACCUGCAGUUUUUCAAUUCCCAGUGCUUGAACAAGUUGAAAGCGUAUGAAUCGGAGACCAAGCGUAUGGCAGAACAACUUGUUGUCCUUCAGGAGAAAAACUUCCAGGCAGUUGUUUUUACGCCAAGUAGGUAUUUUAUCUGA